ACUUGGUAUCGAAAGAAAAGUAUCGAGUAGUUACUUGUAUUUACUCGUAUCGUCAUCCCUAGUGGUUGGUAAUCACUCUGACAGGUGCUGUGUGGCUGUGGUGCGCUAAACGAAUGAUUUUAUUUUCUAUUUUCCUUAGAAUUCCUCUCACAGAUUUCAAUGAAAACUCGGGGAGAUUAAGCGGUAUUGUAUUAAAUAUCUAAUACACCAAGCGUUAAUCCAAAAAUAUGUCUCAAGAACAACCAAGAAAACGUAAACUACCAAAUGAUAACGCUUCAGAAUUGUCAGAGCCUUUAUCAAAAGCAUUGCACAUACAAUGCCCCUAUUUGGAUACUAUUAAUAGACAUGUGCUAGAUUUUGAUUUUGAGAAGCUUUGUUCAGUCAGUUUGACUAGAAUAAAUGUCUAUGCUUGUCUAGUUUGUGGAAAAUAUUUUCAGGGUAGAGGUACUAAUACUCAUGCAUAUACACACUCAGUGGCUGAGGGUCACCAUGUCUUUUUAAACCUGCAUACUUUAAAGUUUUAUUGUUUACCUGAUAACUAUGAAGUUAUUGAUUCCUCUCUGAAUGAUAUCAAAUAUGUAUUAAAUCCCAUCUUCAGUACGGAACAAAUUAAACAGCUGGACACAGACACAAAGAUGUCACGCGCUAUUGAUGGAACUAUGUAUAUGCCUGGUAUUGUUGGACUCAACAACAUCAAAGCUAAUGACUACUGUAAUGUUAUUUUGCAGUGCUUGUCACAAGUAAGACCACUUCGAAAUUAUUUCCUGCGUGAGGAAAAUUAUGCAAAUGUAAAGAGGCCACCUGGAGAUUCUUCAUUCCUUCUUGUUCAAAGGUUUGGUGAAUUGUUACGAAAGCUAUGGAAUCCACGAGCAUUCAAGGCCCAUGUAUCACCUCAUGAAAUGCUGCAGGCAGUAGUUCUGUGGUCCAAAAAGCGUUACCAAUUCAUAAAACAAAGUGAUCCUAUUGACUUUUUAUCUUGGUUCCUGAAUUCAUUGCACAUGGCGCUUAAUGGCACAAAAAAAGAUAAUAGCUCAAUAAUAUACAAAUCUUUUUUGGGUCACAUGAGGAUAUAUACUAGAAAAUUGCCUCCACCAGAUGCUGAUGAUGCUGCAAAAGUAGAUUUAGACAGUGAAGAGUAUAGUGAAAUGAUCACAGAAUCACCAUUUCUAUAUUUGACUUGUGACUUACCACCAACCCCACUUUUUACUGAUGAAUUUAGGGAAAAUAUUAUUCCUCAGGUCAACCUCUACCAAUUAUUGUCUAAGUUUAAUGGACAGAGCUCAAAAGAAUACAAAACCUAUAAAGAGAAUUUUUUAAAGAGAUUUGAAAUCACUCAACUGCCACCUUAUUUGAUUUUAUAUAUUAAACGGUUCACAAAAAAUACAUUCUUUGUUGAGAAGAACCCUACAGUGGUUAAUUUUCCAGUCAAAAAUGUUGAUUUUGGGGAUAUCUUAACACCAGAAAUAAAGGCAAAGCAUAAAGGCAGGACAACUUAUGAGUUGGUUGGCAAUAUUGUGCAUGAUGGCACACCAGAGAAAGGUACAUACAGAGCACAUGUACUACACAAACCAACACAGCAAUGGUAUGAAAUGCAAGACCUUCAUGUGACCAGUAUAUUACCACAAAUGAUUACCCUCACAGAAGCUUAUAUCCAAAUCUAUGAAUUAAAUCAGGACUGAUUUUACAUUAUAUUUAAGAAUAAAAAAUAAGAAAUAUUGCCUUAUUGCCUUUUAUUUUAAUGAAUAUACAAAUAGCUGAUAUACCAGGAUUUCAUUUCACAAACUGUGGUCUUUGGAAUGGACCUUUAUGCUUAUAACAAUAAUUAAAUUACAAAAAUGUCAUAUUUUAUAAAUAUGCGACAACACAAUCUAUUAUCACUAUAUUUUUGACACAGUUUGAAAAAUGUAUCAAGUUUAUUAAUUUGUCUUUAUAAAAUAAAUUGCUGUCAGUUCAGUUCUAGAAGGACAUAAUAGUUUCCAUACACUCACAUAUAUACUGUAGCACCACAGGGUAUUAAAAUUUCAUAAAAGUAGUUCUAUUCAAUGAGAUCCUAAGAAAUACAUAUCAGUGUAUGUACCUAUUAUAAAAUUUCAACCUUGUUGGACUCUACUGCAAUGGUUGAGAACUGAACUAUCUAUAAUUGGUGCACCCUAUCCCAGUUAGUGACUUUCUCCUUUCUUUCCUGCCACUCUCUUGAAUUCUCCCAUGUUGGUAGUAGAGAUUGGAGAACCGUAGAAAGCCAGAUGGUCAAUCUGUGUAACUUCUCCACCAGACUGGUUGUCCUUUAUGAACAGUUGAAUGUUCUGCACAUUUUGAAAUUUGACAAAUCUCAAGGGAACUGGGUUGCCUUCCAAGUCACUUGAAGUAAAU